AUGAGUGACGAUGAAAUUUCGUGGAGAGGAUCAUCACUUGAAGAGAUAUUUGAUGGAUUUGAAGUAUUUGAUGAUAGAAAUGAAGCACCAAAUCUAGAUACUUCAGAAAGUCAUACAAUUUUAUUUGAAACACCUCUUCCAGAUGAUGAAAACAUCCAGCCAAUACCAUUAGAAGGAUCAGAUGUUUGGGAUGAUGAUCAUGUCAAAUUACCAUGUAAUAAAGAAAGUGUUUAUUAUGAAAUUGGCGAGAAUGAAAGUAAAAUCAAGAAAUAUCGCUGGGAUCUCAUUAUAAGUUCACUUAAAGACAAGGAAAUAAGGACAAGUCUUGAUUUAGAGAAUUGUAUUAAAGCAUAUAACACAAAGUAUGAAAGUACAUGGAAUUUUAAAGCAUUACAUGCUCUCUUUGAGGACGAAUUUCUUGAAGAAGAGACUGAAUACUUUUUUAAAGUAGUAUUACCAAAAAUCAUUGAUCUCGCCCUUAGUCUGCCUGAAAUAAUCAAAAAACCCAUACCAUUAUUAAAGCAAUCGAUGAAUCAUACAAUUUCUAUGUCUAAAAAGCAAGCAGCGUGUUUAUUGGCUAAUGCUUUUUUAUGCACAUUUCCAAACAGAAAUGUGCCUCGUAAAAACACUGACUAUCCAGAAAUCAACUUUAACCGGCUGUUCUGCCUUGUUGGAACAAGUACUGUUCAAAAAAUUAAAUGUAUAUGCAAUUACUUUCGAAGAAUUGUAGUCAAGUCAAUGUCAACAGGCAUUCUAACUUUUCAACGGAGGUUCAUUGAUCCUGAAAGUCUACCAAAAUGGGAACAAUCAGAUUUAAAGUUUUCAUCAAUUAAGUGGCAUGUAGAUUCGUAUGGAAGGAUUGAGAAAGGAGACGGGAUGUUACAAAUGGAUUUUGCUAAUAGAUAUCUUGGAGGUGGUGCUUUGGGGCACGGAUGUGUACAGGAAGAGAUUCGAUUCAUGAUAAAUCCAGAACUGAUUGUUGGAAUGCUGUUCUGUGAGUCCAUGAAGUCAACAGAAGCUAUUCUCAUUUAUGGAACCGAGCAGUAUAGCAAAUAUUCAGGAUAUUCGUCGUCAUUUUCAUGGGAAGGCAAUUUUGAGGAUGACACACCAUGUGAUAAGUUUAGAAGGAAGGCUGUUCACAUUGCUGCCAUUGAUGCUCUAUCUUUCAGGAACCCGUACGUACAAUUUGAUGAAAAACUACUACGGCGUGAUGUUAAUAAAGCAUAUUGUGGAUUUUAUCGUGAUCCAAGUUUGGAGUCUCCUGGUUUGCCUGUUGCUACUGGAAAUUGGGGAUGUGGUGCAUUUGGUGGUUUUAACAAGCUUAAAUGUCUCGUUCAGAUGAUUUCGUGUGUUGCAAAUAGAAGGAAUUUAGUUUAUUAUACUUUUGGGGACGAACAGCUUGUCGAAGACAUGAAUAACAUGUUUAAAUUUUUAAGCGACAAUGACGUCACUAUUGGACAACUAUGGCAAUAUCUAGCAUCAUUUAAAAGUCAAAAUAAGAAAUUCAAUGAAUUUUAUCAAUAUAUCUACGAUCAGCAUGAUGCUGAAAACUUUUUGGGAGAACUGGAAGAGCAAACAGAUACAUUUGAUAUGUCACAUGAGGUUCAUAUCGAACGUACGGUGACUGAAGGCGCUGAAAAGCGAAGAUCCUAUGAAGAAGCUUAUGUGGAAACAAGUAAUACAAUAGAAAUUUCUAUUCACUAUCCUGAAGUAAAAGAAGAAUUGGAGAAUCCAUCAAAAAGGACCAGAACUGAAGAAAGUGAUAAUAUUUCUGAUUUAUGCGAAAAAUUAAAUGAAAAAAUUCAGGAUAAUCAUGACAAUUUGAUUGAAGAAGACUAUCAAGAGAUUAUAUUGGCUGUUGAUGAGGUUCACCAGGAAGUUUCUGUAUCCAAUGAAUACACUGACCAAGAUGCAAAAAGUACUAAAAGAGAUGUUGAUGACUGCAAUAAUCAAGAUAUGGAAAGUGUUAACAGUCAAUCACAUGAUGAUCACAAUUAUCAAGGACCAACAGAAACUAAAGAAGAUUUAGAGAAGAAAGAACUCCCCCAGAGAAAAACUAUACUUGAUUAUUUUAAACCAAAAACUUCUAAUAGCUAA